AACACAAAUAUCUAAUCAGCCAAUCACAUGGCAGCAACUCAAUGCAUUUAUGCAAGCAGACAUGGACUAUUUCUUUGUGUCAGAGUAUCUCUGAAUGCACAAUGCAUCAAAUCUUGAAGCAGAAAAGCACAUCAGGUGCUUCUCGUGUCAAAGAAGAACAGGGAGCUGAUGCUACAAUUCUGCUCUCCAAAAUUGACCAACAUAAAUUUUGCUUGAUCUGAUAAAUCUUGAUUUCUGCUGCAGCAUUUGAUUGAUAGGGUCUAAACAUGAAACCAUGGAUCCAUCCUUCCUUGUAUCAAUGAGUCAUGCCACUGCUGCUGCUACAGUGGUGUUGGGGAUAUUUUCUUGGCACACUCUUGCCGCUUAGUACCAACUGAGCAUUGUUUAAAUAGAGUAGAACCCCUUAAUGUACCAUCUUCUGAUGUCUCCUCCUAUAGCAGCAUGACAGUCAUGUCACAAAGCUCAAAUCAUCUCAGACGGGUUUCUUGAACAUGUCGACUCAAACAGCCUCCACAGUCAUCUGGUCUUGUCAUCAUCUCAAUAUAAACCAAAAUCUCUGAGUAACGUUUCCAGCACCUUACUGUAUCUUUGUGAUGAAGAAUUAAGGCAGUUUGGAAGGCAAAGAGAGGGUCUCUAACUUUGACAGCAUCAAAUCUGUGUCACAGAAUAGCUCUGAAUCACUGAUUACGAAUAUUCCUAAGAUUUUUUUGUUUUGUUUUAUGUUGUUGUCUAUUAUUUUGCUAUGAAAAAAUAAUUUUAUAUCAGUUUGACAGAAUCUACCGUAACCGCAUUGGGGAAAAUCUGCACACACCCUUAGUAUGAGUCAUCCUGAAACUCUGGAAGUUAUUGACCUGCAGAUGGCGCCAGAGUAACACGAUUAAUCUGAUCAUAGCCCAGCGGUCCUGAACUGUAUCUAACUGUUAAAACAUUUUGCACAAUUACUGCUUUUAAGAAGUGAAAACAUUCUGCAUUUUACAACAUUGUGGACUCUCUAGCUUGUUUCUUAUUCUCCUCAGGAUCUUAUGAGACGUCACCUCUGGUAAGGACAGAAGUCUCACCCCACGCCGAACUCACAAACUCAUCCACAACAGCUUCUGAACCUGUUGGAGUGACAGGUACAUUGGAUUCUUCUCAAAAUGUUUGUCAUCAGAAUUCUGAAAUACUAAUGCAUGAAAUCUGUGCUGUUUUGUUUUUUUUUUUCCUUUGGCCAGUUCCAUCACAACCACCGUCAGAUACCAACGUUGUCCGUGCGCUCAUUGCUGUGAUUGUGGUCCUCUGUGUGCUGCUGUUUGUGGUGUGUUUCCUGGCUGUGCGACACCGAAGGAAACACAACAAAAAAAGUGUGACACCCGGGCAUUCGAGAGAAGACAAAAAGCAGCUGGAAGAAGAAAGCAGAUCAAGUCAUGACUCUCUAAGAUCCUCUGAGAAUAAGGAUGCAGAGAUGGCUCGGAUAACAUCCUUUACUGGAAUCAGAGCAAAGUCAGCAAAUGCUGUAAUCCUCAUGUCUCCUUUUUGUGCAUCUGGGAAGGAUCCUGUGACUUUGCAUACUGAGACAGAGGCUCAAGCAAAAGUCACUGAAAACCCAGCUGAGGGAAAGCAGAAGCUGGUGAAUGAAACUGAAGCCACAGGAGCUGCAGGAGGAUUUCAGACAGAAAAUCCCGCAAACACCACAGACGCGAUCAAGGAGAAUGAAAAAACAGCCAAUCCUGGUACAAAUCUAGAUGAAAACCCUGAAUGUGUUCCUGUUAGCACUGACAUGGUACCUUAUCUGAGCAUCGGCACAGACCAGAACAAAUCACUUCCUGUUGAAGAGUCUGUUGAAGGUCCUGGUCUAAGAUCAAAAGGCAGCAAAAUUAUCAAGAGGAUCUCUACCUGGCCCCCCGCUGCAGCUCAGUGGCAGGAAAGAUGCAAAAGAAAAGCAGAAGAUGAGGAGGAUGGUGAUGACUUGACUGUUUGGGGACAAAAUGUAACAAAGAAGUUUUCAGAUGAAAUAAAGAAGACUGUAAAUGAUAGAGGCCAUCCCUUCAGUUUUGAUGGGGACAAAGAGAAAGAUGAAACUAUGAAAAAUCAAAUGGGGGCUCUCAUGGACCUGAGACACUCGCAGUCCUUAAAACCAAUUGAAGAGGAACACCUGAAGAAAGAAGGGAUGGCAGUGGGUGAUACUACCACUGUGACACAAACGACUGCACAAAACCAAAAUGCGAAUCAGGAAAACCUCCAUCAGGAUCGACAUCAGACAUCUGGAAAAAGCUCAGCACACAACAACAUCAAGAGCAGCAAGGAGGACAAUCAGAGGAAGGAAUCGAAACGAGCUGUGCACAGCAGGCAGAGGGCAGAAAACAGGGCGUCCAGCUCAAAGGCUCCCUCUGGUGGUGCAUCACCUGAUGACGAAACGCUGCUGUCUGGGAACGACUACGCCUUCAUGAACCUGCUGCAUGAAGUCGUUCAGAACAAUGGCCGUUGGACCAGACAGAGGUGGAAGCAGACACAUGCCAACAAGCAACGGCGUUAGAAGAGAGCUGGCAGAGGAGAUCAUCAUGGCUAUCCAAUCACUCUUCAAGUAAAAUGAAAUUCUCACUUGAUUCUUACACUAAGUGUAACUUGAAAGUUUGCUGUAUUGGCACAGGGCAGUCCAGCCUCUGCCUCUUAAUGCAUUUGUGUUAAAUAUGACGACUGGCUGAAUUUAGCCCAUUUUCCAAAACCCAGCAAUCUUUCUAAUGGCUAGCAGAGGGCAGCUCUUGAAAUCAGAUUGCAUAGAAGUCUACUUAAAGGCCAGAUUUUCUAAACUAGACCCAAGAGUGCUCAUAAUUGUGAUUAGAGUUGAAAAAAAAAAAGCUUUUUGAGGUGAAUUUCAAUAUCAAGCUCAAAAGAUAAGACAUGCUUUUUUUCAGCGUUAAAUAUCAGCGCAAUUAGCACUAAAUUGCAUGUUGCAAUCGUUAGUAAAUCAUUUUGCAUGUCUGAUUUAAAUAUUCUCCUCCCUGUAUUUUACUUUGCUCUCCUUUUAUGCAAUGUGUGCCCUGCUCACUUGAUUUAUUAAAUUUCUGAGUUUAUGGUUUCAAUAUCUUGUUUCAACUUUAAUUUAAUACAUAAUUUUUGUCCAAAAAAUGAUAGUGUCACUUAUAAUGUGAUACAUAAUAAUAAUAAUAAAGACGUUUUAGGGUGAAGCUAAUUUUCAUCGCUUACUUUAUUGCUGAAUGUGUACAAAUAUGGAAAUGUAAAUAAAAGAGCAAAAGAAAAAAUAUUUAAUUUGAGCUAGCAACAUAUUUUGUUUUGACGAAAAAAAGAUGUUAACAAAAUAAGUUUUGUUUGGUAACUCUCGGCACAAAUCAGAAGAGUCUUUUAGCUCACACACAUAACAUACCAGCCACCUAUAUAGGUGGGGUCAUAUCUAUAUACGGCACAAAAUAUAUGUCAUUAUCCCCGCAUUCCUCACAUAAAUGAAAUAAAACAUCAGUGUUUGUGUUAGGUUCAUCCGCUCUGGCUGCAUGCAGCAUUUAUUUGUUCAUAUUAUGAAUGUGGAGAAGAACACUUCUCAUAAGAAAUAGUACAAAAAUUGGACAAUGACUCAAAAACAAAGUGGAGGUAAACAGAAUACAUAUAGUAGGCUUUUGUUAACACAGAGACAACAUGCAUGUUCCAUUCAUAUAAAUACACAGUAUCAAAUAAUGACUC